AUGGAAGAGAGCAAGGUGAAGCCAGGACAGAUGCAGGCCAUCAAUGUCAGCGGCGGCACCGGCCAGCCAGGAGGCGGCAAAGGAAGCGGAAAGCCGGGAUCUAGCCAGGGAACGGUCAAGAAUUUCCGAGAAGACAAGGGCUUCGGUUUUAUCACGCUUUCGGACGGCUCCGACCUCUUCAUGCACAUCAAGGUUUUGGCUCUGUUAGGCGCAGGCAAGCCAGCUUCUGGUCAAAGCCGCCCGAGGAUGUCGCGCUCACAGUUUCUUGUGCUUGCUGUCUUGGCCGCGCCGGGGAUGGCCAUCGACAAUGGGCUUGGCCGAACUCCACCAAUGGGCUGGAGGUCUUGGAACUUGUUUGGGAACAACACGAAUCAGACAUUCCUGCAAGCAAUCAUGGACGGGAUGGUCUCCAAGAAGCGCUCCGUGGAUGGAAUUCCGACAUCUCUCUGUGACUUAGGAUACUGCAAUGUUGGCCUUGACGAAGGCUGGGAAGACUGCAUGGGAGGACACCAAUUCCACUACCAUGACGACUCAGGCAAGCCGCUCGUGUGGCUGGCACGUUUUCCCAACAUCACAUCCAUGACGGAGCAUGCCCAUCGGCUUGGCUUGACAGCUGGCUGGUACCUCAACGGCUGCACGUGCCCGGAGAAAGAAGUCAUCGACUCCAUGUACGACAAAGAUGUUGCUGCGCUAGUGGCAUUCGGUUUUGACGCAGUCAAGCUGGAUAAUUGCGGGGCACAGCACGACCUCGACAAGUGGGCCGGUCUCAUCAACAAAACUGGACGGAAGGUGAUGAUUGAGAACUGCCACUGGGGCAAGACGGUGCCAACGGAGACCUGGUGCCCUUGGAACUUCUUCAGGACGUCGGGGGAUGUACGGGCCUCCUACGGGAGCGUGGUCGCCAAUCUUCAGACGACAGUGCAAUGGGCACAGAGAAACCUUUCAAAGCCGGGAUGUUGGGCCUACCCAGACAUGUUGGAGGCAGUGGGCUGCAAUCAUGGCCCUGGCGGAGACCGCGAUCCGGGCUUGAGCUACCCGGAGGCGCGGAGCCACUUCAGCGCCUGGUCCAUCGUAUCCUCGCCGCUCACGUUGUCCAUGGAUAUCAACGAUGACGAUGUCAUGAAUGCGGUGUGGGGCAUCGUGUCCAACAAAGAGGUCAUCGCUGUGAACCAAGCGUAUGCGGGUCAUAGCGGGAGUCCUUUCAAGCAGUCUGCCUCUCAAGUCACACUCAAAGAUGACGGCCACUAUGUAACGGUUCCCACAUGGCAGUUCUUCUACAAGCCCCUGGGUGGCAGCCGGACAGCGGUGCUUCUCAUGAACCAUGAUCGGACCUCGCACGACUUGGUGCUCAACUUCAAAGACGUUCCUGGGCUGGCAUGCCAGAAAUGCACGGUGCGGUGUCUCUACGGGCACAGAGACUUGGGAGAGCACGAGCACAGCUUCACUGCCCAAGCUGUACAGUCUCAUGACUCGCGAAUGUUUAUCCUGAUGCCUGCACAAGCACAGUCCGUGGUGGAUGGGAGCAUUCCCCAGCAAGGGGAUGUGGUCCGCUUCGACGUUGAGGAGAACCGGCUGAAACCCGGCCAGAUGCAAGCCUGCAAUGUGUCUGGCGGCAGUGGCCAGAAAGGCGUGGGCAAAGGUGGUUUCGGCAAGUACGGUGGAGGCGGCGGAAAGGGCGGCCAGGGUGCCUUUAACCCAUAUGGCAUGGGCCAAAUGAACCCCAUGGGCAUGUACGGCAUGGGCGGCGGUAUGGGGGGAAUGGGCCCCAUGGGCAUGAUGCCCAUGGGAAUGAUGGGUAUGCAAGGCAUGGGUGGAGACCCCAUGCAGCAGUAUGGCGGUCAGCAGCAGUGUAUGGGCGGCGGCGGCAUGCAAGGGGGCAUGGGCGGCGGCAAGGCUGUGUCCUGCUGUACAGGAAUGAUCUCACGCCGCAUUGGGAAAGGCAAGUGGAGCAAGCAGGACUAUCAUAAGGACGAUAAUAACGAUAGCGAGGAUGGUGGUGAUGAUGACUGCAGUGGCGAUUGUGCCAAACUCAGAUCUGCUGGCCACCAUCCUUGCCGGUCCUCAGUGAUGUUCGGCUUCGGUGGUGGUGAGGAUGUGGAGCAUACGAGUGGCCUACAGCGUGCACUGAGCAGCGUGCUUUGUGCUGUUUGCGGCUUUCCGAUCGUUCUGAUUGGUGGCUGCAUUUUGCUGGGUUGGAAUGAGAAGCGGGAUGUCUGCGAACAGGCGGCCAUACUGUCUGGUCAGGAUGCCUACAAGCAAGUCGGCUGCACCGACGCAACGCAGGAAGCAG